CCGCCAAAGGUAGCCAUUCGGUGAAUCGAGUGAGGCCGCCUUUGUAAAUAGCAGCGCACGGUUUUUGGAUUUUACGCCGGAGAUCGACUCGAUUCGACCUGUUUUUUGGAUACGGGUGUUCGGGCGAUGGCGUUAUACCAUCGGAGCAGUGAGAAACGGCGGAUAUUCAACGAUUUUCGCCGGCAGGAGGAAGAAGUUAUCGGCAGUCUCGUCAGGCUGAGCAACCGGCCGACGAGUCCCAAAACGCAGAUGGAGCAGGAGAAGCGAAUUCGCCGCGAAAUCGCCAACAGCAACGAGCGACGGCGAAUGCAGAGCAUCAACGCGGGCUUCCAGUCGCUUCGUACACUGUUGCCUCAUCACGAUGGCGAAAAACUCUCCAAGGCUGCCAUUCUUCAGCACACAGCUGAGUACAUCUACCAGUUGGAGCAGGAGAAGGCGCGUCUGCUAUCGCAAAACAGCCAGCUGAAGCGUCUGCUCAGCUCUCAGAUGAGCCAGGACAGCGACGGCUCAUCCUCAGACUCUCCGCUUCCAAAGCGCAAGAAGGGUGACAGCACUGACGACGAAGGGAUUGCUGGCAUGAGCCCGCAAGACACCGAGGGCAAAGAAGACAUGACCAGGGAGAUGAUUGAGCUGCGCAUGCAAUUGGACCGUGAACGAAGACUGCGAAUGAUUGUUGAAGAGCAGGUGCGCAGCCUCGAGGCACAGGCCUACCCAGAGCGGAUGCGAGACAUGUCCCAUCCUGCUCAACAGGGUUACAAGACAGAGGACGAAGUCUCUGUGCCCUGCCGCUCCAGCCCAGAGCCAGCAGCACACGUUGAGGCUCCCACAACAGUGCAGGCUGGGCACUUCUCUCCACGAGGCCAGGGCAGCUCCAGCCCCACCCACUCUCCCGCUGCCCACUCUGAGCCUGCCAGUCCCACCACAGACAUGCCGCAGGACCUCAGCACACAUACUGCACCCACAACGGUGCCGCAGGGAGACGCGGAGCAACGGUUCUCACCCUGUGCAUCGCCAGAGAGGGUCCCCUAUCAUGCCAGCACAUCUCGGCAGAACCUGGAGACGAUCGUGGAAGCCAUCCGCCACCUCGAGGGUGACCACCUCUUCCGCGACGACGAACCCUUGCGCCUGGAGGAGAACAGUCCGAUCCUUCGCAACAGUUUAAAUGUGCUCGUCGUGCAGGAAGCACCGUCGCUCCGUCAGCAAGUAAUCCAGCCGCGAAGACCCGGCGUCAUUGUAACUAAUCAUUCUUAAUGAGGUGAAGGGUUUGAGCACCGGUGUGUUCCUGCUAGAACCACACGGUAGCGCACACCAUUGUUCCAUCACGCGACACAAAAAAAAGUUCCUCUAGUGUUCAGAGAAGGCAUGUGCAUCGGUGAAAGGUUGCACAUUGUGGGAAGGGAGGAUGAUCUCGCAACUUCCGGUACUGUUGUUGAAAUUCUGGUGUGACUUGGCAAAAAAAGAGAAGAAAAAAAACUAGGAUAACAGAUGCCCUUCAGGCAAGCCUGUCCUACGUAGUGGCUAGGAAAAUCUCAGCAUUUUGAAAGUCAAAUCUCAUUCGUUGCAUAGAUUUAUGCGACGAAACGCGAGUCGGCCUUCCACAGAAAUGUGCAUGUCUUCGUUCUGAGCAUGUCUCAUCUUUUGUUUUGAUUUUUGCCACCUGGUGUGAGCUGCAGCUUUCUCCGCCAUCUUUCUUGCAUCAUUGCAUUUCUUCUGUCAUUUGGUACAUAUAUGCAGCAUUGCUCUACAUUACAACUGCUCUCCUCUUGCUCUCUCUUAUUUUAUUCGCCUCUUUCCCAAAGUAGAACUCCAAUCAUUCUGCACACACUUAAAAAGAAAAAAAGAAAAGAUACUGCUUCAACGAACAGCGAUGUAACGCGCUGAUAAGUCGGAUAAUGUUGGGAGGGAGUUGGGUACAAUUCUUCCAAGAGCGCUGUAUGUCAUUUCCUGACAAGUAUAUUGAUGUAUGUCACAUGUACGAUGCUGCUGUCGACAUUUUUUUACCGUUCACCGUUGAAGAUCUGCAUGUGAUGCCGCCGUGGGGGAACUAUACAAAAGUAUUCUUCCAUGAACUUUUUUUUUUUUCCUUUUCAUGUGACUGUCUCGCAGGGUUCUUCUCUUCUUUCUGUGCUACAUUGCAUUGCAUUGUAUUGUAUUACAUUUGUUGUACAUAGUGACGGUUACAUUACACGUUUCGUUGUUGUGAGCAGUCCUGGUCGUCACGGAUGGAUGGAGGCGUGUGCAACAUCGACGAGUUCAGCCUCGGAGCACGCACGGUGUUUCGAACUCUAGCGAGAGGAUGUUGCGGGAAUUUUUUCUUGCCCGCUUGCGGGGAGAAAGGUCGCGGAGUGUCACUGCCCGUGCAACAGGGAAACCUGUUGCGCAAGAGAUAGCUUUUCUCGUAUGUAGAUAGAACUGGUGAAGGCCCAAUCGCUGUACAGUGUAAGUAGAAUUGUGCGGUCUACCAGGAGGACUGUAAAAAGUGCAAUGGCCGGCCGACUUCUGCGGAAAGGCGAUGUUGACGAGGUCGUUUUGAAUGCCCCCCCCCCCUUCCCCCUCCCCCGCUUCCCUCCUGUACCGAUAGCUUACCUGCACCGUUGCAGCCACCAGCAUCCGAACCGUUCCGUCAGGCAGCGUAAAACGAACCUGGCUGGGUGAUUUCUGUCUUUGGGUGUCGGCUGCUUUUCAUUUUUCUCCCAGACUUUGGAUGUGAACAUUUGCAGGACGAGUGGCAAAUCUUACCAAAGCUGAACACCCUUUCUCUCUCUCUCUUUCUCUCUCCCCCUUUUUCGUGCUUUCCUCUUUUCUUCCGGUUCUUUUACUACUCACAUUCGCAUUGCACUGUACAUAUGCCAUAUCAAGUCGAGAGCUGCAUUAUGAAAUAGUUAUGUAUUGUCAUAUCCGAUGUCCGAUAUGUAUUGUCAUGUCAUAUCGAUAUCGGGAUCGAAACAACAACUUGCUUUAGGUUGUGCAUAGAGGGGCAACCUGUGCUUUGUCAUAGUUUUCGUGUAUGUGUAAAAUUAGUGGCCGGAACAAAAUACCUUUUCCUUUUUUUCUCUGACGAGAAGUGUUUUAUUUAUUGUUUUGCUGCGCGACUUUUUUUUUUUUUUCCUCUCCUUUUCAUUUUCUCUGGAGCAGGAAUCUCGACUCUUGUGGAAGCUGGUUUUAAGCCCAGUUUCAUUCAUUACAUCUCGAUGCAUUUAGCGCAUGUGUAAACAGACAUAGAGCACAGACAGACAGACAGACGCAGACACAAAAAUGACGUGCCCACGCCAUGCACUACGUAGAGGCAACAUAACGUUUUGAAACGCUGGCAUAAUCCUAAAAAUUGCACGUUUGGUUUCAAGCGGAGGCGUACAACGUGUGCGGAAACUUCUCUGGCACCAGUUAGCCAAGGCAUAGGUAGUUUACAUGGUAGAGGCGUAGAGUAUGCGGAAAAGAACGCUUCGAGAUGCUGAAACGAAGGAGUAUAACUGCUCUUCUACAGGUGGCUAUUGGUGCAGGGCACACUAUUAUAAAAGUGGUAGAUGGCUCGAAUUAUACUUGUAUAUUUCAAUGUGCCAACUGGUUUGAGGCACUCUUCACCGAGGCAACAGCUCCUACGGCAUUCAGCGGCAUUAAUGGGCAGCUUUUGCCAAAGCGUUCAUUCGGGUAUUGUAAUCUGGUCUCCUUGCUAUUCAAACCAUGGGCGCUUCAUUUUUUUAAAUCCUCGCUGAAACCUCUCUUUUUCUCUUUAAACAUCAUGUGUACAUUAUCCAUCAAGGCAUAACGCGUGUAUGCCUUUAUACAUAGAGCACACAUAUAUACAUUCUAAUUUAUAUACAGAUUCAUUUGGAAGCAUCCGCAGAUGUUCCAGCUAUGAGGCCAAGGUGCGCGUUUUUUGCAAGCACCAAACUAUAAGAAUGUUGCAGCAUCUGAUUUUUUGGGGCGCAAUAGCGGAGGAACUCGGGAGGAAACCAUUUUUGUAUCGAAAGAGCAAAAUUUUCUACAACAGUUGCACUUUUUUAAUUUUAGUCCUACGUAACGCAGCAGUCCUAGCUACAAAAGAGUUAGGUGCAGUGUCCACAGAAUCCAUACCUGUUGUACAGUCAUAGAUACGUGUGUGUGUGUCCUUAGUUUUCCCACGUGUUACACGCUUGUACAUAAUUUCAUUUUGUGUUUACUCAGAUGGCAUUGUGAUGUCUCUUUCUUGUUUGGGAGAGGGGUUGGGGAGCUCGAGAGUGUGAACUGUCUGGGACAUUUCAUUUCUUGUUUAGGUCCAGUUUUUCCGUUUCCUUUUCUUUUGUGAAGUGUGUGUGUGUGUGUGAACAUUUUUCUUUUUCUAAAUGGUGCUGCAACAUAAAAUUCUAAGGCAUUGUUUCAAUGUACCUUCUACUGGCUUUUGUCAAUUUGAUGCGUUUAUCGGUUCAGUGGAAAGUGUCUUUGUAGAUGUUUUUCGUUGUGUCGGCCUGACAACUAUAUCUGUCCCUAAUGGUGUUCCUUAGCUCUUAAGUGUAAUAAAUGUUUGUCAUGUAAGAAAGA